CUUUGCCUCCAUUAAAGGACUCAGCGGUGGUUCGCGGGUCAAUUUUUAAAACUUGUUUGGCAGAAUCCGAUAUUAAUCGGAGUCAUCCGAACAGCAAACAUGACGGUCGGCAAGAGUAGUAAGAUGCUGCAGCACAUCGACUAUCGCAUGCGCUGUAUCCUGCAGGACGGACGCAUCUUCAUCGGCACAUUCAAAGCCUUCGACAAACACAUGAACCUGAUCCUGUGUGACUGCGACGAGUUCAGGAAGAUCAAACCCAAGAACUCUAAGCAGCCGGAGCGUGAGGAGAAGAGGGUUUUAGGUCUGGUUCUGCUCAGAGGAGAGAAUCUGGUGUCCAUGACUGUAGAAGGACCUCCUCCUAAAGACACUGGCAUUGCCCGUGUGCCGCUGGCAGGAGUGGCUGGAGGUCCAGGAGUGGGCAGAGCUGCGGGUCGAGGUGUUCCCGCUGGAGCUCCAAUGGCUCAGGCUCCCGCUGGACUCGCCGGGCCUGUCAGAGGAGUCGGCGGACCCUCACAGCAGGUCAUGACUCCUCAGGGUCGGGGUACGGUUGCUGCUGCCGCUGCGGGUGCCAGUAUCGCUGGAGCCCCCACACAGUAUCCUCCUGGCAGAGGCGGACCACCGCCACCCAUGGGUAGAGGAGCGCCACCUCCAGGUAUGAUGGGUCCUCCUCCGGGCAUGAGGCCACCAAUGGGACCUCCAAUGGGGAUGCCACCUGGCCGCGGGGCACCAAUGGGAAUGCCUCCUCCUGGCAUGAGGCCACCACCGCCUGGAAUGAGAGGUCCUCCUCCACCAGGCUUGCGUCCUCCUCCCAGACCUUAAACCUCCACCCUGGACAAAGAUGUACGUCUUUUCCGUGUAUAGGAGACUCUGGCUGCAAGUUCUUGUAUAGAUUGUUGGUUUUUGUAUUUUGUCAAUUAUUUCCCUUUUUUUUAAUAAAGUGUCAAAUUGACAUUCUUGUUUUAA